CCCCCUCCAUACUAGUGUCUCUGCAUGGUAUGGCACAGGGAUAUGCAUAUGCAAGGCAUGAGCAGAGUCACAGAGCUGCCACACACAAGCCAUUGCACCUGUCUCCCAGUUUAUAUAACCUCUAACACUUGCUUCCUUAUGCUGUUUCUCUGAAUCCAAAUAAAGCACCAUCCCCCCCAUUUUCUAUCCAUUGCUCACUUGAACUAGAGGGAUGGCUAAUGGUUGCUCCACGACUACCACAAGCUCCCUGCUCCUCUUCUUCCUUCUCUCUUACUUGCUCAUCGGUCAUGCUCUCUGCAGCCAAGGCCACAAUGGCAGAACAUCAGGUGCUGAUUAUGUGGUGCAAUAUCUCCACCAGGAAUUACCUGGUAAACAUAUAGUUUUGCAGGAGACCGUCAAGGGUCUAAACAAAGGCAUAUUGCCAAAGUAUGCACGGAGAAUGUUGAUCGGCUCAAUUGCGCCAAUAUGCACAUACAACGAGUGCAGAGGGUGUCGAUUCAAGUGUACUGCUGAGCAAGUCCCAGUGGAUGCAAAUGACCCCAUGAACAGUGCUUACCACUACAAGUGUGUUUGCCACAGGUGAUCUUCAAUGAGUAGGAGGAGCUUCUAUGUUAUUGUGUGUCCUGGAGAAUAGUAGUAUUUUCGCCCGUUUUUGGUUCUCCCUCUCCUUUUCUUUCUAUUCUUUGUUUUCUCUGUUGAAAAAGGCUUCUUUGUCUCAUUUCUAUUUUACAAGAGGUUAGCUAGUAGAGGACUGGAGUCUGGAGGAGCAUUUUGUACUUUAAAAUGCCUAGCUCAGGUUAUGGACUAGUAAUUUUGUUAGUAUAAAUGGUUACCAAUUUUGACAUCUGAAAGUAUGAAUGGCCAGCCAAUUCAAGUGCAUAAA